AUGGCCCCGCCCUUAUCUAGGGUGUCAGAGGAGGAGACAACAGCGCUGAUUAGUCCAGUCUCGGAUAGGGAGAUUAGUGAGGCAGUGAGGUCCCUUGCGGGGGACAAGGCUCCAGGGCCGGACGGCUUUCCACCCUUGUUUUUCCAGAGAUAUUGGAUGAUAGUUGGGCGAGAUGUGACGGCGGCUAUACAGCAGUUCUUUCGCACAGCUGUGAUGGCAGGAGAUUGGCAGAGGACUUUCAUUACCUUGAUACCGAAGCGGCAGGAUGCUUCGGAGCCGGGUCAUUUUCGUCCGAUUAGCCUUUGUACGACCUUGUACAAGGCAACGGCGAGGAUCCUUGCUGGCAGAUUGAGAGAUGUUCUCCCUAGGCUUAUUAGCCCAGAGCAGGGGGCUUUUUUGGAGGGGCGAAGUAUAUCUGACAAUGUGCUUAUUGCCCAGGAAUUUAUGUUUGAUCUCGGUCGGGCUCCGAUGAGGAGGAGUCUGAUGGGGGUCAAGCUUGACAUGGAGAGGGCCUAUGAUAGAGUGAGAUGGGAUUUCUUGCAGCAGUCCUUGCAGGAGUUCGGGUUUCAUGAGAUAUGGAUCAGUUGGGUGAUGGGUUGUGUUCGUGCUCCCUCCUUUGCUAUCUUGGUGAACGAUGCACUGUCUAGAUCCCUACGGCGAGCAGUGGCCACUCAGGAGUUGGAGGUCUACAGGCCUGCGGUGGGGGCUUCUCCGAUUUCCCAUUUGCUUUUUGCUGAUGACUGUCUGCUUCUUGCCAGGUCGUCACGACAGGUGGCUCAGGCUAUUGGUCAGAUUCUUCAGGAUUACUGUGCGGCAUCGGGACAGAGGGUCAACCUGACUAAGUCAGCUAUUAUCUUUAGCCCAAAAACCAAAGUGGAGGUGAGGCGGUCUAUACUGGAGAGCCUAGGGGUGGGAGAGCAGGAGGGCACGAUGACUUAUCUGGGGGUUCCACUCUCGGGCCACAGGUUGCGGAGUAGGGACUGUACAUCCAUGGAGCUUAGCAUCAGACGCCGAUUGGAGGGGUGGCAGAUGCUUACACUUUCUAUGAUGGGUAGGAUUACUCUGGUGCGGUUAGUUCUUACUUCGAUCCCUAUCUUUCUACUUUCCAAUGCUAUCAUUCCAGUUAGAGUCUUGAGGUCCUUUGAGCAGCUAUUCAGGAAAUUUAUUUGGGGGAGGAGUAGUGGCAGAGGUGGAGUCCAUUUGCUGGCAUGGGAUGUGGUAUGCCAGCCGACUAGCCAUGGAGGUUUGGGGGUGCAGUCCCUGGUGGCGAGGAGGAAGGCUUUAGUGGCUAGACAUGCGGCUAGAUUCGUGCUUGAGCCCGAGAGCAUGUGGUCUUCGCUGAUGAGGGCCAAGUAUGGUACCUUGGUGCCCGGGGCCCGGGCCGGUCGUCACCACUCUCCGAUCUGGAGGGAGAUGUGUGCUAGUGCUGGGGUGGUGCUUCCGGAGAUCAGAUGGACCAUAGGUGACGGUCGGUCUAUUGAUGUGUUACAGGAUAGUUGGGUGACCGAGCUACCGAUUUGCUGUAUGCCGACCAUGGUGGAUUCGACGCGAUUAUCAGGGUGCAGGGUGAGUGAGCUGUUGACCUUGGAGGGGGGCCGAUGGAGGGAGGAGCUGAUCCGUGAGGUUUUUGGGGAGCAGCUGGCGGAGUCGGUUUUAUCCCUUCCUGUUCCCUCCGGGGGUGGAGCCGACAGGUUAGUUUGGAUGCCGACCGGACGGUCGCGGGUUCGGGUUAGAGAUCUUCAUGCCCUGAUCGGUAGGGAGCCAGCCCGUCAGAUUGAGGGUGGGUGGAUAUGGAGGAUGAGGAUUCACCCUCGUGUGGCGUUAUUCAUCUGGAAGGUGGCUUGGGGCUGCCUUCCUACGAGGAGCAUAUUGGUUCGGCGUGGUAUGGCGGUCUCUCAGUGCUGUGAGGAGUGUGCAGAUAUCGAGGAGACGAUCGAGCAUGUCCUUCUGCGGUGUCCUAGAGCCCGAGAGAUUUGGCGGAGGUCACCAGUCCUACUACCCGACUCGGUGGUGUUUGCGCAGGACUUGAUUCAUAUGGAAUGCCGGUCUUUUCGAGGGGAGGAGGUCGUCUCCGAGGAUGGUGGUACACAGAGCGAUGCUAUCUGCGAGGGAGGUUCUUGCGGCUACCGUCGGGUUUUCUUCUGGGUAAAUUUCGACGGUAGUCGGUCAGCAGACGGUGUGACUGGAGGGGUCGGAUUUGUGAUCAGGGACCAUCUGGGGAGGAUGAUAGCAGCAGGAGGGCGGCGUACGCCGGGUCUCACAGUAGUUGGGGCUGAGUUGCAGGCGGCAUGGGAGGGUAUAUCCUAUGCAUGGCAUGUUCUUGGUGUGGAGAGGGUAUGCCUCGAGGGUGACUCUUCUGUGGUUAUUGACUGGAUUCGAGGAGCGGAUCGUUUUGGAGAUGGCCACCCCCUGGUUCGGGAGACCCGUGGGUUGGUGCGGUUGAUGGGUGAGGUUCAGAUUGGACAUGUGUUUAGGGAGGCGAACAGAGCUGCAGACUGGGUCGCCUCCUUUGUAGCCCGGCACUCCGGGGAUUUUCAGUGGACGUCUGUGUCGGACGUCCAUCCCUCCUUGUAUCUCUUACUGUCCCGUGAUAUGGCUGGGUGUACUCACGUCAGAGUUAUAUGA